AAGAUGGCGGCCACCAUGAAGAAGGCGGCUGCAGAAGAUGUCAAUGUUACUUUCGAAGAUCAACAAAAAAUAAACAAAUUCGCUGGAAAUACGAGUCGGAUCACAGAGCUAAAGGAGGAAAUAGAAGUGAAGAAGAAACACCUGCAGAAUUUAGAAGAUGCUUGCGAUGACAUCAUGCUGGCAGAUGACGACUGCCUAAUGAUACCAUACCAGAUUGGAGACGUCUUCAUUAGCCACUCUCAAGAAGAAACCCAAGAAAUGUUAGAAGAAGCAAAGAGAACUUUGCAAGAAGAGAUCGACGCCUUAGAGUCCCGAGUGGCGUCCAUCCAGCGGGUAUUAGCCGACUUGAAAGUGCAGUUAUACGCAAAGUUUGGCAGCAACAUAAACCUGGAGGCGGAUGAAAGCUAAACAUUUUAUAAUACUUUUUUUUACCUUGUUUAAUAAACUUGAAUAUUGUCUUAAAUGAUAAUUUCCCUUCUUUAAAUGAAACUGAAGAAAACUUUCUUUUUUUAAAUUUUUCAUUUAAUUAAUGGAAACUUGCCUAUUUUCACAUGUCUUGCUUAUUUAUUUUAUAUUUUUAAAAGAAGACAGUAUUCAUGUAUGUAUUUUGCAUAAUGAUUAUAUCAAUUUUAGGGGCUUUAUGUCAUGUUAUUAAAAGCGGUUAAACACUCAAAAAAAAAAAAAAA